GGCACACACAAGGAAGUGUCCGAGCUGACAGAAGAAAAGAAAAGAAGAAGAAAGUGGGAGUAUUAUGGAAGAGGUGAUUGUGAAGAGACGGCCGAUAAUCUCAGCCAGAGAGAGAGGACCGGGUCCGGGACGCUACGCUCUGCCGCCAACUGUGGGCUACAUCAACCAUGACGUCACCAAGCCCAGCAGCCCCGCCUACACCUUCCACAGCCGCACCAGCAGCGCUCUGGUUUCUGUGGAUUCCAGUCCAGGACCAAGGUACCACGUCGACGCCAAGGUGACACGAUUUGGCCGAAUGGACACGCCGUCGUACUCCAUGUUGGGCCGAGGGAGGCGCAUUGUCGCUAAAGGCAGUGACUUCCAGACUCCGGGGCCCGGGGCUUACAGUCCUGAGAAGGCUCCUCCUCUAAAUGCUCACCAGAAACCGCCGGCUUACACGAUCGGCGCUCGUACACGGUAUCGAACUGUGGAUGCUGUACCAGCACCCAACAGCUACGUGCUCCCCAACCUGCUGGGCAGUCAGGUCCCCCACAGGGCGUCCAGCGUCAGCUACAGCAUGUCGGCCCGCAGGAAGGUGGGCGCCCCCUCUGAGGACCUGGCCAAGAGCCCCGGGCCGAACAAGUACAAGAGCACCAACCCGGAUGUUUACCUCCAGCGCCAGCCCUCCUUCUCCAUGCAGAGCAGGACUAAAAGACCUAAUUACUCCAUGGCGACGCCGGGCCCGGGCUCCUACUGCCCAGAGAGGUUCAAUGGGCACCUUCGCAGGGCACCCUCUUUCACUAUGGGGGUCAGGCACUCUGAGUUUGUCACGCCGCUUAUCUUGGACGUCCUUGACUGACUUGGAAUGUUGUUUUUUGGACUGCAAAAUAUGUUUGAAACGCAGUAUUGUGCGAAUGUUUUGGGACACCACUGGCUAUGUUGUCAUAUCAUAUAUCUGACCUGUCGAUAAAAGGCAUACAGUCGUCCCACGCUACAUCGUGGUUUGGACAUUGCACCCUC